AUGGAGAAUAAUAAAAUGCUAGAUGAAGAAAAUGAUCAUUUUAAAAAAAACAAUGAUAAAUUGUUAUUAGAAAUUCGUCAGCUCAAUGGGGAAAUUAAUGAGUUAGAAGAAGAAAAUAAUGAGUUUUUGAAAAACAAUGAAUGUCUGGAAAAUGAAAUUGCAAUUCUGAAGAAUGAGAUUACAAGAAUAGGAGAUCUAAAUCGAGAAUUUGAGAUUGAUAAUAAGAAACUUUCUGAUCUAAUUUCGACGCUGGGUUUAGACUUAAACAAACUAGAAGUUGAAAAUAAAAAAAUUACAGACUUGAAUAAAAAACUUGAACUUGAAGUCGGACAACUAACUUGUGAUGUAAAAAAGAUAUCUGAAGAGCGUGAAAAAUUCUCAAAGAGCAAUGAUGUGUUAAGUAAAAAUUUAAUAGAAAUUUCAAAUGAAAAUCUGAAGAUGAUUCAAACCAGUAAAAAGUUAGAAGAUGAAAUUGCAGCCUUAAAACUUGAGAUGGAUAAAGUUAUUUUAGAAAAUAAAAAGUUUUCUGAAUCUGUUGAACGUCUCAAAAAAGAGACUGAAGAGAUUGGUACUGAGAAUAGGAAGUUUAUGGAAAACAAUGAGUCUAUCAAACAACAAAAUAAUAUUUACCACGAAAAGAUUACGGAGCUUACAUCAAAUGUUAUAGAUCUAAAAGAGAAAGCCCAAAAGUUUAAAGAACUUUAUCAGAGGUUACUGCGGGAGAAUGAGAAGCUGGCAACAGUGAGAGAUGAACUUCAGGAACAGCUUGGUGGAUUCAAAAAACUUCAAGAAAUGAUAUUUUCUCAGUUAAAUGAAAAAAUGAAAGCAAUGGAUCGAUCUUUACUUGAGAAAAUUGCACUAGACAUCGAAAUGAUUGAUGGUCAUCAAGGGUUGUCGCGCAAUGAAUUUGACUCAUUCAUGAAUCGUGUUCCGACUCAUUUGAAAAAUAAGUUUAUCAAAAUUGCUCAUGAUUUCCAAAAGUUUGACAAAAACAAGGAUGAUAUAAUCGAAUCGGAUGAAUUUGGUGCUAUGCUUGAUCAAGUCAUGGAGGGAGAAGGUUUAAAGAAAACAUAAGAAGAUAAAUCUUUUAAAGAAAAAGAGUUUAAUUAUUUAAGGAAAGAGAUAAGUCAAAUGAACAAACGGAAUUAUUUUUUGAUUUUUUUUAUAUUUAUAUUCAUAUUUAUUUUAAUUUUUUUUUAAAUGGUAUUAUAAUCUAUUUUUUUUUUAAUGGUUAUAAUCUUUUUUUGAUCUUUAUAAUUUUAUUUUUAUUUUAGUGUAUAUAUUUAUUAUGUAAAGUUUUACUAAAAUUUUGUGAACUGAAUCUUAAUACUCGAAUAUAAUUUUUAUGUAAAUAGUUUUUAAAGUUUAUUAGAAUAUUUUCACAUA